AUGACUGAAGAAAUUAACAACAACAUUCAAACUAUUCUCUACUCUUUACAAGCUAAAGUUGAUCGAUUAGAAAAUGUAAACAAAGAAUUAGAAGAGAAAUUAAUUCAACAGGACAAAAGUAUCGAUCAACUACUAACGAAUGUUAACCUUCAAAAAUCAAAUUCUGCAACUUCAACUUCACGCCAAGAAGAAGAACAUUUAUUACUCGAUAAAGAAGAUGAUGUAGAACAAGUUUCAUAUAGUUCAAAGACUAGUAAAGAUAAUACAAAGAAGCUUACAGUAGAUAGAUCAAUUCAUAAUCUACCAUUAGUCAAUAUACUGGGUAUUAUAUUUCCUAUUCUAUCAGCCAUUGCCAUGCUUGCUGAUUCUAUCCUUCACAUUAUCUUUCACAAGUCUGACGAUGAUAAACAAAAGAAUUAUGCUGGUCUUAUCUCUACGGUUUUAAUUCUGUUUUAUUAUCUUCAAUAUGAUGUCAAAUUCAAUUUAACUCAUCCUCGUCUUUAUAUUCUCUAUCAAUUUUUAAUUUGGUCACUUGUAUUUACUGGUGAUAUCAUAUAUGUUUAUUAUUAUCAUACAAUGUUACAUCGUCCCUUUAUGAUGUAUACCUUUCAAGUUAUACGGAUGUUAGAUUUAAAAUAUUCAAAAUUAAGUCGUUUUUGUCUAUGGAUGUUGGUUCUCUUUUCAAUACUUAGUGUUGUAUUUGAAUAUUUUGUUUAUGGAUUUGAACAAUUAAUUGAAGAAAAUACUAAAAAUCAUCAGAAUUAUCAAAAAAAUCAAACAUCUACAUUAUCAUCAUCUACUGAUCAAUAUAAAAACACUGAAAAUUAUUUUGUUAUAGCAAGAGAAUUGAGUGAAUUCAUUGGAACAAUAGCAUGUUAUUCUUUAUUAAUUUUACAAUUUUUUAUGAAAAAAGAACGAAAAAAUAAAUAA